AUGGCUGACUACGACCGUCGACCCUAUGACCGCCCAAGAGGUGGUGGCCGCAAAAGGCGCUACAGAGAUGACGAUGACGACGAUCACCGUCCUCAGCGACGCAGAUAUGAGGAGCCGCUCGUGGUUCAGGUCCGGCGACAGCUACUCACCCUUGCUGAAUCGGCUGCGCGACGAGUGGAGGACGAUGUACAGGGGAUCGCGAAGACGGUGGCGGACAACUAUGACGACGAGGAGCUGCGCGAAACCUUCAUCAACAUCUCCAUUGACCUUGUCCUUGAGCAACCGAUGAAGAUUCCUUUCGUCGCCACGACGGUCUUGUGUGCACAUGACCUGAAACCUGAGCUUGGAACGGAGGUGAUCAACAAGGCUGGUGAUGUCCUGCAGAAGUACGUUGGUUUAGGAGCGUGGCGUGAGGUCAAGCUUCUCCUUCGUUUCCUGGGUGUCUUGCAGCCUGCGUUUGAAGGAGAGGGUAUCUUCCCGCUGCUAGAGGAGCUGUUCUCUCGUGCGGUGGAUCUCCAGACGGCGUCUUCGGAAGAUCUUCUUGGGUUGGAGCUUGUGAAGGUCAUCCUCUUCACGAUCCCUUUUGUGAUGUUGUCUCCCGCUACGGGCUUUGACUCCCAGGCUUCUGCGCUUCUGGAGAAGACGGAUAUCAUUGCUUCCACUCCUCACCCCCUCGUGGACCUAGUGAAUACCUUCAGCCCGGAUGAGGACAAGCCAGCCGCUGGUCAAAGUGUCAUCAGUUUGCUCCAGACUCAGCUUCAAGGUGAGGCCAGUCGGGAUUGGGAGCUCACCUGUCUUCCCCGGCCCUGGAGGCAUCUGCGUGAUGAUGAGACUGGUGAACCCAGGCUGCUUGAGAAAGUGUCAAAGAUUGCCUUCCCCCAGAUUACGAUUCCUAACCCGGUGAAGAACGGCACACGGACCCUUUUCCCGGAGGUCUAUCUCUCCGUCUACGCGGACCAAGAUGUGGAUACUGUCCCUUCUUCCUCGGACAUCGCUUCGUCACUCUUGAGAGAUGCGCUGGUCGAUACCAUCAAUCUGCUCAACUUCAAUCGGGUUGCUACGGCUAAGUUCCUUAUCGAUGUGGAUUGCUACUUUCCGCCCCAUAUCUUUGUGAAGCGUGCGACGCCUUUCGAUCGGAUGCGUGAACUGGCGCCGGAAGACCGGGCAUGGAAACCCGAGGACGUGGCUGUGGAUGCAGUCUUCUCUCAAUUGUUCCAGCUGCCUACUCCGGAGCACAAGCUCGUCUACUAUCACUCCUUGCUCACCGAAUGCUGCAAAAUUGCUCCGGCGGCAAUUGCGCCCAGCUUGGGUCGUGCAAUCCGAUUUCUGUAUAACAACGUGGAGACGAUGGACUUGGACCUCACCUAUCGUUUCUUGGAUUGGUUCGCCCAUCAUCUCAGCAACUUCGGCUUCACGUGGAAAUGGAGCGAGUGGGUCGACGAUCUUGAUCUGCCAAUUAUUCACCCGAAGAUGGCUUUUAUCCACGGUGCUCUGGACAAAGAAAUUCGUCUUAGCUUCGCGCAACGAAUCAAGGGUACUCUGCCGGAGGCGUAUCAGCCCUUGAUUUCAGAGGGCAAGGAGAAAGAUACUCCUGAAUUCAAGUAUCUGGCUGAGAUGACGCCCUAUUCGAAGGAGGGGCAAGAUAUCAUGCAGCUCAUCCGCAAGAAAGCCAGUGAUGAGGAAAUCCAGCCUGUCAUUGCAUCCAUCGAAGAGCAGGCCAAGGAUUUGGGGGUGGAAGACCCCAAAGUUCCUUCAACAGAUGCUUUGGUGACAUCGAUCUGCUUCGUCGGAUCCAAGUCGCUGUCGCACGUCCUGUCGUGCAUUGAACGAAACAAGGAACGCCUCUUAGCCAUCGGCCAGGAGUCGCCGCGUGCACGCUGCCAGAUCAUUGCCUCUGUCAUGGAGUACUGGACAGACCAGCCUGGCAUUGCCAUCAAUAUCAUCGACAAGUUGCUCAACUACACCAUCCUCAGCCCUCUUUCUGUCUUGGAAUGGGCUCUCUCGGAGUCCAUGGAAGCCGGCACUAUCCUCGCAAAGACCCACGUCUUUGAAAUAAUUACCGCCACUGUCGGAAAGGUCACCAAUCGCAUGCGCCAGAUUGUAGCUGCUCGCACCCAGCCUAACCUGUACGAGCCCCAGCUCAGUGUUCUGGAUGAGACCCUCUCCCGCGAGCGUUCCGACAUGCAGGCUCUCUUCAAAUUCAUUGAGGACUCCAUUGUCUCUGUUGCGGCCGGCAGUAACGACAAGCAAAUGGAGCGCGGCGACGGCAGCGGCGAUCUGCCUGAGGACGCCAUAAUUCGCCAAUGGGGCCGCCGCUGGCUCCGUGUCUUCCGCCGCAAAGCUGCUGUCGAGGAUUCGUUCAUUACCGAUGCCCUGGCUAACGCUACCCCCGUUGGUACUGUCGCCCCGCCUUCUGCGGAGUCUGACAUGCCGGAUGCCCCGGCUGAUGCAGGUGCCGAUGGCGAUCUCGACGUUGCUGAUGCUUAA